AUGUGGCCAGAAUUAGCAAAAACACUCGAUGAUUUUCUAUUUUCAAAAAGUGUGCCUCCAGUUGAUAUUCCGAUAGAUGAAAUUCAACGCGAUGAAUUGAUUGAUUGUCAAGUAGUUGAACUAAUUCGAGAUGAUAUAUUGUCAUAUUCAAAUUUGCUGUCUGAAACAUUUGUUAUGAAAAUAUUAAAUAUCUUAAAUCGAGGUUCCAUUUAUUCUUGUACAACAGAUAAUUUUAUAGAUAUUGAUUCUGUCAGACAUUUGCGUGAAGAAUUUUCUAAAGUCUGUUUUGAAACUCUACUAAAAUAUUCAUUUAUAAAUGAAACAACAUCCUCUUCAACAAACGAUGGCAUGCUUAUCACAAAACUUGCUCUUAGUUCAAUGCUUAAUAGAUGUAAUGAAAUUAUGCAAAAAUAUGCACGUGAUGAACGUCUGCAUGGAAAAUGUCCUUUACCACGUGAAAAUUUUGAUCUAACCUCGUUGUCAUCGUCGCCAUCAUUAAAAGUGGAAAAUUCACCAGCAGCAUUAUUAGCACAAAACAACAACAAGCAUACAGCAAUAUUAUUUUCGUAA